AUGGCCCUCGAGGCUUACCCACGGGAGGGCGCUGAGGGCCGCGGUGGCCCCCGAGCACCAGCCACCAAGCCCCGCGUGCGCCCUCCUCCGCCGAGUCCCCGCCUGUGCGUCGGCCCUGAGGGCCUCAGAGCCCGGGGUGCCCCCCGCCCGAAGCAACAGAGCAGAGAGCGUCUGGCACCGCGGGCCGGGCCAGCCUGUUCUACUUUGAAACCCAGGGACUUGCGGCGACUGGGUUUCCUCCACCUCCCUCCACCCGCGGCGGCUCUGAUGGGCGGGAACGUCGGGGCGGAGAGUGACACACUACCUCCGAGGGGCAGGCGGCUGAGCGCACGUGCAGAGCGCGGCCACCCCACCCGCGGGGACAAGCUGGCCUGGGGCAGGGCCUCGGCCGAGCUCAGCGCAGGGAGGCCCGCCAGUGGGAGCCCCCGCCGGCCGCCGGAGGCAGCGGCCGACUGCGCGGCGGGCGGGGAGCCGGCAGAGCGUGUGGUGCGAAGCGAGCGGCAGGUCAGUGCUGCUCGGCCGCGCGCCCCAUGGGCCCCUCGGGACGACAGCGCCCCCGCUCCCGGGCCCCUCGGGACGGCGGCACACAGCCCCCGGGAGGCGGAAGGGGAGAAAAGGGCCAAGUCCCAGGCGGUGAGGACCGGGGUGCCGCCGGGGACGGUCCCGGCUCAGCUUCCUCCCCGCGGAGGGACGCCGACCUGGCCGCUCGAGACGAGAAGUCGCCCCGGGGUGAGAAACUCUGGGCGGCCCCUGACGCCCCGGCAGCCCGGAAAGCCUCCUCCACACAGAAAACACGGACCAGCCUCUGUCCGCGGGGAGACGACAGGCCAGGCGUCCUGGGCACAGAGGGGACCCCGCGCCCGCAGCCCAGGGACCGAGGGGCCGAGACGGACGGGGCGCGAGCUCGUCAGCCCCGGACCCUAA